AUGUCCGACUCAGAGGAGGGACGAUGCUCAUGUCUUCGGAAGCGGAUGUCGUCUGUUCGUCCAAGCCCAAAGGGCAGUGAUGAAGCGGAAGAGAUCGUCAGAAUUCCAUCCACUUCCACUUUUCAGACAUCACCAUCUUCCAGCUCGAGGGACCUUGCAAGACCUGGUGAUGAAUCCGAAGAUGACGAAGACGAGAAGAUGGACCACACGGGCAGCCAUUUUGUGAUGCUGGAGCGGAACAAGUUCCGCAAGGUGUGGACCGGCAUUGUAACGGUGCUGCUGAUGUACAUAGGAACAUGGUUCCUUUUCCAGCUCACCUUUAUAGACUUGCACAAGCCGGAACCCAUGCAGGUUGCAGACUUUUUGGGCAUGGAUCCUCAAGCUUGGCAGGUGUGGUCGGCCUUUGUGGAUGGACUGUUUUGGUUCGAUUCCUUUAUUUAUUUUUUCUUCAGCUACACUGACGACAAGGGGCGAGAGGUUGAUUGUUGGCCUCAAAUAGCAAAACGCUACGCAUGUGGAAGCUUCGUGAUCAACGUUAUUGCAAGCCUUCCAGAACAGGCAGCCGGGGAGAUGAUGAAGAGUUUGAUUGGCGGAGAUGGAACAAGUGAUACCAACGCACAUCAGGCCGCAAGGACAAUGCGUUUGCAGCGGGCCUCUCGACUCUUUCGACUUGCCAGAAUAGGGCGGCUUGCCAAAUUGACAGCCAUGAAAAAGAGUCCGCUGUGGAAGUGGCUGCAGACGUUGCGCGGAGUACGCAUCAUCAACGUUUUGGUCGGUCUCUUCUUCAGCGUUCACCUUCUUGCAUGCGGCUGGUACAUGUGUGCAUCCCUGCAUGCGAACGUUCAGGACACCUGGUUAGCAAGAAGAUAUGUGGAUUCCUUGGGUGAGCGGAACUUGCUUGACGAGAGUGAUCCCGGCUUGCAAUGGCUGCAUGCAAUGUACUUUAUACUCACCGUCUUCACGACUGUAGGCUUUGGCGACAUUGCUGCUGUGACCCCAGGUGAGAUUCUAUACGUUGUCCUGACUUUUUUGAUUGGAGCCGUGGUCCACAGUAUCAUCAUUGGAGAGGUGAUCAGUGCAGUGACACGUGUGGAUGAACGCGGCCAAUUCAUCUCGGAGCAGCGUGGACUCAUGGAGAAGUUUGCUUCCCACACAGAACUGGGUGACGACUGUAUUGGAGAGCUGCAGAAUUGGGUUACUAGCGAGGCAACAAAGUGGAUGACACAGAAGUAUGACAAAGAAGGUGUGCGAGCGCUUCUCACAGGGAGGCACAUGUACCGUACCUUGGAGGGCAUGAUUCCACCCUUGCUCUUCAAGGGUCACUUCCUUUCAAAUCGGUUUUUCUCUGCUCUACCUACGAAAAGGAUAGAUGAGCUGCCUCCUCGUUUGCCAAUGCUUUUAGCAUUGAACUCGCACCGGCAAUACUUCUUGAAGCAGGAGCAAAUCUAUCAAUGCCAAGACUUCUCAAAUCAUAUCUUCCUCGUCGCCAGCGGCGUUUUUGCAUACAUUGGAGUGCCAAAAGAGACAGGUGGUGAAGAUGUGAACACAAUAAGCGCUGGUAUGGGCAGAUGGUUAGCAGCUGUUCGAGUCACAGUAGGCGAGCAGACACAGACCAACACCUAUCCAUACCAGCUGUUCUGUCGAGAUAGCUACUUUGGCGAGUAUGGUGUCCUCUUUAAUCAACCACGUGAAGCAACUGCUCGCUGCGAGGCGCGCGGUAGUUGCAUUGUGGUUCCAAAGGCAGAGAUGGAACGGUCAACGGUUGACUUCCCAGAGUUCUCGCGCCUUUGGAAUUCUGUCGCUGCAAGUAGAGAGAAGAUGCGAAUUUCCAUGAGGAAGAGGUUGACUUGUGGUCGCAGCUACAAACAUUUGGCAGCACUUUGCAUACAACGAAUUUGGCGUCGGCUACAUCCUCCAGUCAAUGUGCUGGCCAAAGACGGGGAUGAUGACAAUCAUGAACCGCCAACAACAACCAUCACACCGCUCGGACCUCCAGGACAGAUGUUCAGGAGAGUAUCGACUGCGGUCUUGCACAUGGAGAGGGUGUCGAGCAAGGACUUCAGCAUUCCAGGUGCUUCCGCAACUCUUACUCGCAGUUUGAGCUUCUCAGGCGUGGAAGGGAUCUCGUUCCGCGAGAC